AAUCAUAUAUGUCUGAAAUUUUGUAAUUCUGUUACUAUCCGUCUUUCGAUUCGUCCGAGAGUGAUCAUAUCCAUGCGGAUAAGUCAAUAUUGUAGCAGCGUUUAAUUUCAAGGGGCAUUUAAAUGGUGAUAUGAAUAUCGUUCUUAAUGAAUUACAAAAAAAAAUAUAGUUGGAGUUUUUUAGUUAAAUAUUACCCUGUUUAAUACUAAACGCGAUAGUGUACAAUCUCAAAGUCGACGAAAAUGUGUGCUAUGUAGAAAGCAUUCAACGAAUAAUAGAGCUGUUAUUUACGAGCCCUCAUCUCAGCAGAUAAGAUGUGACAGGGUAUAAUCUAUCGCUUCUGAAGUUCAUUCGUUGCUUUGCUACAAAACAAAUCAGUCACAAAAUAACCAUGAAGCAAUUUUCCUUUAAGGGUGUGAUGGCCCCGGUAUUUACGGCAUAUCAUAGCGACAAUGAAAAAACCGUCAACUAUGAGAUCAUCGAUUCCUAUGCAAAAUAUCUGAAACAGAAGAAAGUUGAAGCGGUUCUCGUUAAUGGUACCUCUGGUGAAGGAAUGCUGAUGAACGUAGGGGAGCGAAAGCAAGUAACAGAGGCUUGGAAGAAAGCUUGUGAUGUGAACGGUAUUGUAUUGAUGGUACAGAUUGGAGGAGCUCCCUACCCAGAUGUGAUUGAGAUGGCAAAGCACGCAGAAAAACUUGAAGUGGAUGGCGUUUUGUGCCUUCCAGAAUUAUAUUUUAAACCGAAGUCUCCUGAAAAACUAACCGAAUAUUUAAAAAAUGUAGCUGUUCAUUGUCCAUCCAUCCCAUUUUUCUACUACCACAUUCCGAUGUUUACUGAUGUUACUGUACACAUGCCAACGUUUCUUGAUUUAGCAGAGCAGUCCAUUCCAAAUUUUCGUGGUAUCAAAUACACCAGUGGAGAUCUAGAGCAAGGAUCUGCUUGCCUUAAAUCAGGAAGAAGCAUUUUUCUUGGUGCCGAUUCAAUACUAUGCAGUGCAGUUGCAGCAGGAUUUGAUUCUUUCAUAAUGACGACGCUCAACAUUUGCCCGGAAAUUUCGUUUGAAAUAAUCAACGAUGUAAACAACGGACAGUUGGAUGCUGCUCGUGAAAAGCAAAAGAGAUUGAACACUAGAAUAGCUGAUAUUAUGAAACAUGGCGACUGGGUAACAGCAAUGAAGAAAGCAUUCCAUGAAGGCUGUCAUUUAAAUUUAGGAGGAACACGAGCACCUCUUACUUUCUGAAAGCUAUUUGAAUUUUACGCAUUAUUGCCAUACUUUCGAAGUGGAUGCGGCAAGGAACAAUUGAGAAACAUUCUUCCAUCUUGAAUUUCGAAACAUCAGAUUUACUUAAAAAAAAGUAGAUAGAUAACGAUAAAUAUUUCUAGAAAAUUUCAGAUUUUUAAAUUAUACUACAAAAAAAUUUAAAGAAUCUUCCAUUUAAUUUUAAGGCCUGCUUUUUCAAUACAACGUCAUAAAAGAAUUAAGUUUCAUAAAGUAGUUUACGUACACACAAUUCAAUUAUAAGUAUUUAUUUGCA